AUGGAGAGCUCUUCCGAAUUGUUGACACGCAACGGCCGCCCUCCCGUUCGGCGAAAGCGGGUGGUGACGGAAGCUCGGAAAGAGCAGAACCGCGUCGCCCAGCGGGCCUACCGCCGACGACAGAGAGAGGAGCGGCUGAAGCAGCCACGGCCGCAGACAGCCCACCGUUUCCCCGUUCUCCAACCCCUGCCAACGGCACAGGUCCCCCCUUCGCACGAUCGUAUUCCACCGGCCUCCGCAUCCUCGCUAUCUUCGCGCGACCCUGCCUCGAGCUUUGCUUCCGAUCUUGACCUGGACAAUCUAGAAUUCCUCGACCGAAUCCAAGAUACGGCACCGGAGUCAGUAAGCCCGUCGAGCCUUGCCGACCUCCACGUGCAGCCGAGUGGUGACCCGUUAAACAUCGUGGGCAUUGACCCUCUCGUUUCAAGUGACUUUGUCUUGGAGGGCGAGAAUAGUCUUUCUGACCAGUGGCUCCAAUUUUCUGACCAGCCACUACCGACAGAGGGCAUCGCGGGAUCGGACAUUGACUUAAACCAUCCAGCGGAGGAUGACGGUGGGCAUGGAGUAACUCAGCCGGCGUUUGCAGAUCUCUAUCUGAAUCGUCUUCAGUUCUCCCAAAUGGCUCUUCUACAUGCGUGCUUCUUCAACGCACGCUGCCUGGGCAUCGGCGCUAAGGAAUUCUCCAGCUACUCCUGCUUGUCCUUAUGCUCGCCCUUUUACCGUCCAGUCACGAUGAGCGAGGACCCGAAAGCCUUGUUGGCGGCCGUCUCGCGGCCUUCGAUCCCUCCUCAUCUGCAGCCCACAUUGCCCCAGGUGCUGUUUCCCCAUCAUCCGAUUCUUGAUCUCCUACCGUUGCCAGGGCUGCGGGCUCGUGCCAUCAUGCUGGCGGCCACGGCGCCUUUUCUGCUGGAUGCGUUUGACUUCAAAAAGGACGUCGUCGAAGGGGGUCUGAUCUGUUGGGCGGCCCAGCAAGGCGGAAGUAGUCAACCGUGGGAUCGACGCAGCUGGGAGGCUGUGCCGUGGUUUCUUCAAAAAUGGCGGCUGUUAGUUGACGGCCCGCAGAGCGACCUGUGGCAGCAAAGCGCCUGGUGGCAGGGCAUGAGAGGCGAAGUGCCCGCCCGGUGA